GGAAUGUUCAAAUGUCAGCCGACCAGGAAGCACAAACAGAUGAACUGCUGGCGCUAGAGAGCAUAUAUGAUGAAGAGGAGUUUCACAGGACAGAAUCAAGAAAGAGGGGCAAGAUCAAUCUGUGCCUUGAGCUUCCUCCUAACUUCAGACUGCUAGUCAAGGGGGAGGCAUGCGUAGAGUGUGCAAUAUCCUUUCUACCCCCUUUGGUUCUGAGUUUUGAGCUUCCUACAGACUACCCUUCAUCAUUGGCUCCAGUCUUCACUUUAAGCUCCAAAUGGCUUUCAAGAGUUCAGAUCACUGCACUUUGCAAGAGACUGGAUGAACUUUGGGAAGAGAACAGGGGAACUGUGGUUCUUUUUACCUGGAUCCAGUUUCUAAAGGAAGAAACUCUGGAAUUUCUGAACCUCCAAUCUCCCCUCGAGAUCCAAACCAUUGGUGGGCAGCCUCACUAUGAAUCUGGUCAGAACCAGUCAGACACUGCUGUAGAAAAGAGCAAAGUGCAAGAGUUGGACCAACGAGCAGUCCAAGAAGUUGACCCUCACACAGAUAUACUAACCCAGCUGUUGGAUUUUAAUGAAGCUCAGAAACAGAAGGUGUUUGAUAGCAAGGCUUUUUGCUGUGGAAUCUGCUUCUCUGAGAAUCUGGGUUCCAACUCUUUGCUCUUCAAGGAGUGUCAGCAUGUUUACUGCAAGGCAUGUGUGAAGGAAUACUUUCAGAUCCAGAUUAGAGAUGGCAAAGUCCAGUGCCUUACCUGUCCUGAGCCCGAGUGUAUGUCCUUGGCCUCUCCUGCACAGGUGAAACUUUUGGUGGGCGAAGAUGAAUAUGCCCGCUAUGACCGCCUCCUUCUGCAGUCGAGUCUGAACCUAAUGGCAGAUGUUGUUUAUUGUCCACGCAUGAGUUGCUGUAUGGCUGUGAUGAUCGAGCCUGACGCCAACAUGGGCAUCUGCCCCUCUUGCCGAUUCGUCUUCUGCACCCUCUGCAAGCGAACAUACCAUGGCCUCUCUCUCUGCAAAGAAGCUGAGCUUCGCAGGUUGAAGGAUGAGUACCUUGCUGCCAGUGAAAAAGAAAAGGAACUACUUGAAAAGGAGAUGGAACAACAGCUAAUUCAAAGAGUAAAGGAUGAGGCUUUAAGCGAAGACUGGGUGAUGGAUAACACUAAACUCUGUCCUUCCUGUCACGUUAACAUACAGAAAACAAUGGGCUGUAACAAGAUGACCUGCUCCUCUUGUUGGCAGUAUUUCUGCUGGAUCUGCCUUGCAGUUCUCGACAGAACGGACCCCUACAGCCACUUCAGAGACCCUAGCUCUCUGUGCCACGAAGCAUAG